GCGCACGUCGUUAUUACGACUACGUUACGUCGCGCUGCGACUAAGACUAGCGUCCGCUCCGGGCACUUGAAGGAGACUUGGGGACUCCCGGGCGCACCGUGCCUUUUGGGCUGCUGGGAGUCGCUGCUGCUGCCACUGCCCGCGCUCCAUGAGGAAGAUGCUCGCCGCCGUCUCCCGCGUGUUGUCUGGCGCUGCCCAGAAGCCGGCAAGCAGAGUGCUGGUGGCAUCCCGUAAUUUUGCAAAUGAUGCUACAUUUGAAAUUAAGAAAUGUGACCUUCACCGGCUGGAAGAGGGUCCUCCUGUCACGACAGUGCUCACCAGAGAGGACGGGCUCAAAUACUACAGGAUGAUGCAAACUGUGCGCCGAAUGGAGUUAAAGGCAGAUCAGCUGUACAAACAGAAAAUUAUUCGUGGUUUCUGUCACUUGUGUGAUGGUCAGGAAGCUUGCUGUGUGGGCCUGGAGGCCGGCAUAAAUCCCACAGACCAUCUCAUCACAGCCUAUCGGGCUCACGGCUUUACCUUCACUCGGGGCCUUUCUGUCAGAGAAAUUCUUGCAGAGCUUACAGGACGAAAAGGAGGUUGUGCUAAAGGGAAAGGAGGAUCGAUGCACAUGUAUGCCAAGAACUUCUAUGGGGGCAACGGCAUCGUGGGAGCCCAGGUACCAAAUGGGGCUGGGCUGGCCUUGGCCUGUAAGUAUAAUGGAAAAGAUGAGGUCUGUCUGACUUUAUAUGGCGAUGGCGCUGCUAAUCAGGGUCAGAUAUUUGAAGCUUACAACAUGGCAGCUUUGUGGAAAUUGCCUUGUAUUUUCAUCUGUGAGAAUAAUCGCUAUGGAAUGGGAACGUCCGUGGAGAGAGCAGCAGCCAGCACUGAUUACUACAAGAGAGGCGAUUUCAUUCCUGGGCUGAGGGUAGAUGGAAUGGAUAUCCUGUGUGUCCGAGAGGCAACAAGGUUUGCAGCUGCCUAUUGUAGAUCUGGGAAGGGGCCUAUCCUGAUGGAGCUGCAGACUUACCGUUACCAUGGACACAGCAUGAGUGAUCCUGGAGUCAGUUACCGAACACGAGAAGAAAUUCAGGAAGUAAGAAGUAAGAGUGACCCUAUUAUGCUUCUCAAGGAUAGAAUGGUGAACAACAAUCUUGCCAGUGUUGAAGAAUUAAAGGAAAUUGAUGUGGAAGUGAGGAAAGAAAUUGAGGAUGCUGCCCAGUUUGCCACGGCUGAUCCUGAGCCGCCUUUGGAGGAACUAGGUUACCACAUCUACAGCAGCGACCCGCCUUUUGAAGUUCGUGGUGCCAAUCAGUGGAUCAAGUUUAAGUCAGUCAGUUAAGGGGAGACCACACAAUGGGUGGUUGUACCUUCAGCGGGCUGUUAGAUAGCCGCUCUCAGGAACUGUGUGUGUUCCAAACUUGGUUAAGGAGGAAGAAAACCCAGAACAUGAAAGUGUUUAAGAGUAAACAAUAUGUAGGUUGAAUUAAAGAGAUAGUAAUUGCAUGCAGCUUGUAUAUCGUUGCAUUAAAAGAUGUUAUCAAGUAUUUAGUAUAAA